AGAAUAAGAAAACCCCUCAUGUGAAGUCUCCUCCUAACUGGAGGAAAAGAAUAACAAACCCACCAAAACUUAGCUAGAGAAAUAUGUGAUUCCUAGUUAGGAAGGCUAUAGAAGAACCAAAAUUGUGGUAAAAGGCUCUGUAGUAAACCCUUGGAAAAGAAAAUUCAUAGUUCCCAAGCAAAACAGGCCCUCUUAAACACCAACUCCAAUAGAGCAACCGGUUCCAUUAUUCAAUUACAGCCAUUUUGGCCGUACACUUUGAUCUUUUGUUUUUUAGUUCCAUUCCCGAGAUACCCAGAAGACAGAAACGGUGAAAGAAACUGAUUCUUUAUAAGGUUCAGUUGUCCAAUCAUGGGGACAGGGCUGUUGAAGAUAUUGGUGCUGAUGGUGGCCUCCAUGAACUGUUUGGCUCCAUCUUCAGCUUCUUCGUUCUUUAAGGAUAAGCCAUGGGAGAGAAGGAAGCCAAUUCUGUCGGUUUCGGCCACAUCCUCUUCAUUUGCUUCCUCUUCCAUUGUGUUGCCUCUUCAAGGAAACGUCUAUCCAAAUGGUAAAAUUGCUUUGGAGUGUAUUUGUGAGUGCUUUUCAGAGUUCUAUAAUGUUACUCUCUAUGUAGGGCAGCCUCCAAAGCCUUACUUUCUAGAUCCAGACACCGGUAGUGAUCUCACUUGGCUUCAAUGUGAUGCUCCAUGUCAGCAGUGCACUGAGACACCUCAUCCACUGUACCGACCGAGUGACGAUCUUGUGCCGUGUAAAGACCCGCUGUGUAUGUCCUUGCACUCAUCUGUUGAUCAUAGAUGUGAGAACCCAGAUCAAUGCGACUAUGAGGUUGAGUAUGCAGAUGGCGGUUCGUCUCUCGGAGUCCUUGUCAGGGAUAUAUUUCCUCUCAACUUAACCAAUGGAGAUCCAAUUAGGCCCCGUUUGGCCCUCGGAUGUGGUUAUGAUCAAAUUCCUGGAUCAUCUUAUUAUCACCCCAUGGAUGGAAUACUCGGCCUUGGAAAGGGAGCAGUAAGCAUCGUCUCGCAGCUGCAUAAUCAGGGUAUCAUCCGGAAUGUCAUCGGUCACUGUUUCAGUAGCAGAGGAGGAGGAUACCUUUUCUUUGGGGAUGACAUUUACGAUUCUCAUCGUGUAGUUUGGACGCCAAUGUCACGCGAUUACCCGAAGCACUACUCCCCUGGGCUUGGAGAACUAAUCUUCAAUGGAAGAAGCACUGGACUGAGAAAUUUGUUUGCAGUCUUUGACAGUGGCAGCUCUUACACCUACUUCAACGCUCAGGCUUAUCAAGUUUUAACAUCAUUGUUGAAUAGAGAACUGGCAGGAAAACCGCUAAGAGAAGCCAUGGACGACGACACGCUUCCACUUUGCUGGAGAGGUCGGAAGCCAUUCAAAAGCUUACGCGAUGUGAGAAAGUAUUUCAAGCCAUUGGCAUUGAGCUUCUCCAGUGGCGGAAGAAGCAAAGCAGUGUUUGAAAUACCAAUGGAAGGCUAUCUGAUAUUAUCGUCCAUGGGAAAUGUUUGCUUGGGAAUUCUAAACGGCACUGAAGUUGGGCUCCAAAACUCCAAUAUCAUUGGUGAUAUAUCAAUGCAUGAUAAGAUUGUAAUAUAUAACAACGAGAAGCAAGCCAUUGGAUGGGCUACCGCUAACUGCGAUCGAGUUCCCAAGUCCAGAGCUGCUGCCACCAUGUGAGAAUAUAUGACAGAAACUCGUAACAACGACGUCGAAAAACCGAUUUAUCUCCCACUAAUGUAUGUAUAAACAUAGUAACCAAACAAGUUGGGAAAUAGGAUUAGAAUUUUUACAUUGUUUAUUGAACUCUGCAUUGAAAUAACGAAGAUCAUCAGUUUCA